GGCAGAGCAAAGGUGACUUCUUUGUGCACAGUAGCUAAUAUACAUUAUUAUGCUUAAGAUAGAAAGCAAAAUAAUAAAGCAAACUGGAUUGUACAAAGUAUUGCUUAUGUUUUUCUUGCAUUUUUGGGUAAAUACUUCUCUGUGUGUGUCAGUGUGACACAUUAAUCCAGUAAAGCCGAUAACACAAUAACGUUGCUGACCAUAAAUUCUCCUUUUUGUUUUAUUGCAGUUAUUUGUGAAUGCACUUAGCUGAAUAUGGAUCCAGGUGGCGGAAGUUUGGGAUUGCAAACACAAGAAUCCAAAAUGCCUCACACUAUGAUUAUGCAGGAUUUUGUGGCUGGAAUGGCUGGCACUGCCCACAUCGAUGGAGACCACAUUGUGGUGUCGGUGCCCGAAGCCGUCCUGGUGUCCGACGUCGUCACGGAUGACGGGAUCACUCUGGAUCACGGCCUGGCAGCCGAGGUUGUCCAGGGGCCCGACAUCAUCGCGGAAACCGACGUUGUCACGGAGGGGGUCAUCGUGCCCGACUCCGUGCUGGAGGCUGACGUGGCCAUCGAAGAGGCUUUGGACACCACUGACCACGUGUUGACCUCUGACCUAAUCACGGAAACCGUCAGAGUGCCCGACCAGGUGUUCGUGGCCGACCUCGUCACGGGUCCCGAGGGACACUUGGAGCACGUGGUGCAGGACUCGGUGUCCGGAGCCACCUCCCCGACCAUGGUGUCGGAGGAGGUCCUGGUGACGAACUCGGACUCGGAAGCGGUCAUCCAGGCAGCUGGGACUGUGCCUGGCUCCACGGUGACCAUCAAAACAGAGGAUGACGACGAUGGCAAGAGCACAUCUGAAGACUACUUAAUGAUCUCUUUGGAUGAUGUGGGGGAGAAGUUGGACCACAUAGGAAGCACUCCCUUGAAGAUCAGCACCGAGGUGGCGAACGAUGACGUUGCCAAAGAUGACGGGUUUGGCUCAGAAGUUAUCAAAGUGUACAUAUUUAAAGCUGAAGCUGAAGAUGAUGUUGAAAUAGGUGGGACAGAAAUUGUCACUGAGAGUGACUUUCACAAUGGCCAUUCUGUAGCUGGAGUGAUUGAACAAGGAGGUGUUGGGAGAAUGCAGCGAGAAAAAAUGGUUUACAUGGCUGUUAAGGACUCCUCUCAGGAAGAUGAAGAUAUUAGCUGUGCUGAAAUAGCAGAUGAAGUUUAUAUGGAAGUUAUUGUAGGUGAAGAAGAAGCUACAUCCCUUCCAGACACCCAGCUCGAGGACUCUGGCGUGAAUAAAACAUUUGUCCCUGUUGCUUGGGCUGCUGCUUACGGAGAUGAAAGAAGGCUUCCCCGAAGAUACGAAGAUGGUCAAGCGGCAGGAAAUAACUUGGAUACACGAUUAGAAAACAAAAACGGUAAUGCAACACAGUACCUGCAGAUUUGUGAUAGCAUUGGCACUAAUAGAGUGCUCAAACAAAAAGCCAAGAAAAGGAGGAGAGGAGAGGCCAGGCAAUGGCAAACAGCUGUUAUAAUAGGUCCUGAUGGACAGCCCCUAACAGUUUACCCUUGUCAUAUUUGUGGGAAAAAAUUUAAAUCCAGAGGAUUCUUGAAAAGGCAUAUGAAGAACCAUCCUGAUCAUAUGAUUAAGAAGAAGUACCAGUGUACAGACUGUGACUUUACAACUAACAAAAAAGUAAGUUUCCACAAUCAUCUGGAAAGCCAUAAACUUAUAAAUAAGGUUGAUAAAACUCAUGAGUUUACAGAGUACACGAGAAGAUACAGAGAAGCGAGCCCCUUGAGUUCCAACAAACUCAUCCUGAGGGACAAGGAGCCCAAGCUACACAAGUGCAAAUAUUGUGACUAUGAGACUGCAGAGCAGGGACUACUCAACAGACAUCUGCUGGCAGUCCAUAGCAAGAACUUCCCUCACGUGUGCGUGGAGUGCGGGAAGGGAUUCCGCCACCCCUCGGAGCUGAAAAAGCACAUGAGGACCCACACGGGGGAAAAGCCAUACCAGUGUCAGCACUGUGUGUUCAGGUGUGCUGACCAGUCCAACCUGAAAACUCACAUCAAAACCAAACACGGCACUGACCUGCCCUUUAAGUGUGAGCACUGUCCCCAGGCCUUCGCCGACGAGAAGGAGCUGCAGCAGCACAUGGAGUUGUUCCAAGGGCACAAGACUCACCAGUGUCCCCACUGUGACCACAAGAGCACCAAUUCCAGUGACCUGAAGCGACACAUUAUCUCGGUUCACACAAAGGACUUCCCCCACAAGUGUGAGGUGUGCGAGAAGGGCUUCCACCGGCCCUCGGAGCUCAAAAAGCAUAGCGAGACCCACAAAGGGAAAAAGAUCCACCAGUGCAGGCACUGUGACUUCAAAACCUCAGAUCCUUUUGUACUUAGCGGGCACAUCCUCUCAGUUCACACCAAGGACCUGCCUUUUAAAUGCAAACGGUGUAAAAGAGGCUUUAGGCAGCAGAACGAACUGAAGAAGCACAUGAAGACCCACAGUGGGAGGAAGGUGUACCAGUGCCAGUAUUGUGAGUACAGCACCACGGACGCGUCGGGCUUCAAGCGGCACGUCAUCUCCAUCCACACCAAGGACUACCCCCACAGGUGUGAGUAUUGCAAAAAGGGCUUCCGCAGGCCCUCCGAGAAAAAUCAGCACAUCAUGAGGCACCACAAGGAGGCCAUAAUGUGACAGAGGAGCUGCAGGAGGAGGCGGUGUAGAAACUGUGAUAAUGCUCAUUGGGGAAAAAAAUAAAUCUCACGAACUGUUUCUCCUGGUUUCAAAGCUUGAUAUUAAACCAUAACUUUACAUUCUUUGUAUUAAAAGUCUUAAAAGUAUUAGGGUUGGCAGGGGAUCUCAUAGCCCUAUGAUUGUUGCUUAUCAGAACCUAAAGAGCACUAUAGAAUGGAGAGGUUGGAUGAAUGUCUUAAAGUUGCAGGAAGAUGGAUGAAUGUCUUCAGGUGAAUAGUAUUUCCCAUGGCUAAGUACAGAAGACAGAGCAGAGCUGAUUGUGUGACCCAUUUUGUCAGUAACAUUUGUCUCCAAUAUGAAAACAGUUCGGAGUCGUGGUGGGGUGAGUUACAAAAGGUUUGCAAAGGAGCCCAGUCUUCACUUCUUGUGCAGUUUUGAACGGGGGGGUUUUAGUCAGUCACUUCAUCCCAACGUUUUAAUUGUGCCUAGAAAUUGAAUUUCAGAACUGCUCAAAGUUGGGGGGGUUGUCCCUUGUUUGGUUUGAUUUUUUUUUUUAUUUUUUUUUUGAACAUUUCAUCAGGAAACUUUUUGGUUUCCUUUAUUAGUUUAGGUCCAAGAAGCAUUUUUUUACUGGUUUUCAAAGCUGCUAACCUAUUUUAUUGCAGGAUUUGAUGUUUGAAAUAGAGCACUAUGUUAUGGUCUCAGAGGUGGUGUUCUGGUGCUAGGGUUAAAGAUAUAUAUGUACAUAAUUUCCCUUUUUUUAUCUGAAACUACAGUUGAAUGUUGUUCAGUAUGGCACAUAUAACAAAAUUAACUUUGAAUUUGACUUUUUUUUUAAGGAUAAAAUGGAUGCAGCUCAUAGUGUUGUGACAACACUAGUUUUUCUUCUCGCUACUUUAAAAAUCUUCUUUAAAAAAGAAUAUUAAAAACAGUUGAAAACUGUAGAGUUGUUUUUUUUUUUUUAAUUAAAAUUCAAAGUACUUAGAAGUUCUUUAGGACAGUGUUCUUAACAGGUAUGACAAUUACUGUCCUACCUCCUAAUAGGAAAUUUUCCAUAUAGACAUAAAAUUGCACCUUUCAGUGGAUUCUUUUUAAAAAAAAAAAAGAUCUAUACCAUGCUAUAAACAUGCAUUUUCAAUCUGUAAGAAAGUAUAUAUGCAGUAUUUAACCAGAAAAAUCUGCUGCCACUAGAGUUUGGAGGUGGAUCUUGAGUUUACAGUGUAUACAUUUAAAAUAUGCAUCCCUUUACAAUGCUUUGUGUUAGCAUGCUGCAGAUCCAAUGGCGCUUAUAUAACGAGCUGGUCUAGGGCUAUUUAAUGAAAAACCUGGUCAUAAAUGUUAUGCAUAUAAUGUGUAUUUUUUACUUUUUUAGUUGCUUCAUGUUUGCACACAGCUGUUCACAUGAGAAAUUGUAACUUCAUGCUAUAUUGUGGCUUUGUGUUCCAGAUAAUGUUCAUAUUUUGGUUUGUUUUUUGCACCAGAUGAGAAUCAGUUCCUUGAGAAUAAAUUUUUUUUAUAUUUCUAAACUUCAGAAAGUUAAAUUUGGGAAAUCUCUUAGACAAAUACGUGUUUUAUGUGGCUGUAAAAAAUGAUGUACACGCUGUAAAAUAAGAUUGUCACUGUUCUGUGGGAUUAUUAUUUCUAAAUGUGUUACUCAUCGUAACGGGCAUACAAUAAAACGCAUCUCUUGCACUCCAAA